CCAAAAUAGGUAUGGCACGCUGCGAAAGGGGAUCCUUUUUGGCUUGUUAGGUUGGAAAAGGAGACUAUGACAGGUGAUCUGAGUGACCACAGUCCUUAGGUAGGUACUAGGUAGGUAAGGUUCUCGAACGAAAUAACUCACCCUUGCAUCAUCUUUUCUGUUGGAUAGCAUCUCGUCGCCAGCGGUUCGGAUUACUGACUACUCCAUGUUACCAAAUACAACCACAACGACCACAACAACCCGUCGUCUGCUUCGUGGUGAGAUCACCUACUCUGCAGCCAAGGAACUUGAAACCAAUGUACUGCACUCGUUGAGCUAUUGGGACCAGCAGAGUAGCUAUUUCGAAGACUUGCGCCGAAAGAGCCAGCUUCUUGAAACUGUGGUCGCACACCAUCUCAAUUUGGUUCCGACGAGCUGCCGCAUCGCCGAACCAAGCGAAUGGCUCUCUGGGACCUUCAAUGUUUGCAUCCCAAUCUAUUAUGGAAACAAUAGACAGCAUCCCGGCUUCCUACUUCGCUUGCCGCUGCCACACAGGGUUGGGGAGAACGUCAACCCUGGGAACGCUGAUGAGAAAAUCCUAUGUGAAGUUGGUACCUACGCCUGGCUCCAGCUCAACUGCCCAGGAGUCCCCAUUCCGCAACUACAUCGAUACGGGUUAUCCACCGGCCAGAAGUUUACUGCUCUCGAAACCCUGCCUUUCUUGACUCGUUCGUUCGAAGUCGUCCGCCGCCAUAUUCUAAGCUUUUUGGGAUUCCCAGUCCCAUCUAAAUAUGUGGCUCACAGCAGCAAAUCUACAGAUCUCCUAGGAGUCGGAUAUCUCUUGAUUGACUACCUUGAUGUGUCAAGGGGUAGGAUGCUGUCCGCGUCAUGGAACCAAGGACGGCAUGAUCCUAGAUUACGGAUGAACCUUUUCCGCAGCUUGUCUGAUAUCAUGUUGGCCAUUACACGUACUCCUCUACCCAAAAUUGGUUCUUUCAUCGUGGAUGAGAAGGGUUACUUAAGACUCAGGAACAGACCUCUCACUCUUGAGAUUCAAGACCUGGAGAAUCAGCAUGUUCCGGUCGAUAUUCCGCGCGACUUUACGUAUUCCACCGUUGACUCCUAUGUUAAUGACAUCCUUGCCUGUCACGAGAGUCGCCUCCGUCACCAACAGAAUGCGGUCAAGGAUUUCCAAGACGCCUUGUUCCAAAUGGCUGCUCUCACAGUGAUGAGGGCUAUUCGAAACUUAUUCUUCCGUCCCAAUCUGCGCCGAGCGCCGUUUUACAUGAGCUUGACGGAUCUCCAUCAAAGCAACAUCUUUGUCGAUGAUGACUGGAAUAUCACAUACCUUGUUGACCUUGAAUGGGCUUGUUCUCGCCCAGCAGAAAUGAUUCAUCCGCCGUAUUGGUUGACUAACCAAUCUGUCGAUGCGAUUGAUAUUGACGCAUACGAAAGCCUUCACAGGGAGUUCAUGCAGGCUUUUGCGCAACAAUUAUCGAAGCGCUCAUGGCAACACGGGAACCAGAUCUAUUCUAUACUUCAAGAAGGCUGGAACAAAGGCACGUACUGGUAUGCUCUUGCUCUCGACAGCCCCACUGGACUAUUUAGAAUCUUCUACGACCACAUCCAGCCACGAUUCUCGAAGGAUCAUAUAGACGAUGCAGCAUUUUUCAAGAUCACUAUGGACUACUGGGCAUUCAAUGCAGCGAGGUUCAUUCAGGAAAAGGUGAAAGAUAAGGAGAAAUACGAUCGGCUGUUGCUCGAAGCUUUCAAACAGGCUCCAACAGACCAGAUGCCUAUGCAUGAAUGAUCACGGCUAUCUUGAACC